UUUUCUUCCGAGUUAUAGAUACAUGUUUUUUUUAACCAUUAUAGUAUUUAGCUACAUACGUUGAAAUUGUUGAAAACAUGAAUGAAAGUGAAUCGCUGGUAAUCUAAAACCACUGCUGUAUAUUAUUUUGAAGACGUGAUAUUUUUAUAGACAUACGCGCUGUAUUUUUUACUAGUGCCACAAUUAACGGUUAAUUGAUAGUGUCGAUAUUAUCUAUUUAAGGCACUAGUUAGCAUUUCUGUGUUCGCUCGUUCGUAUGCAAGCUGUUUGGCUCGUUGCAUAAACGUAGCUAUUACGUUUCUGAAUGUUUAUAGGCCGUAAUGACCAAAAAAAAACAGCUAUAAAUAACCUGAAAAACAGACGAUCUUGAUAGGCGAGGAAAUACGGUUAUCAGUACAGAACUGGUCACAUUACAACCUCACGGAGAAGUCUAAUAAAAACACUGUAUCCUUAUGUAAUCGUUCGUAGAGGUUCAGUCUCGGCGAAUAACAGGUUAGCUACGUAGCUGGAGUUUCCACAAAAUGGAUCUUCAUAAGAUUAUUCAAGAUACAUUGAAUGAGUUCAUCCAGGCGUGUAUACCAAACGCAGAUUUAAGCUUUCUGGAUGACGUGCUUCUUUCCUACAUCACUGGUGUGCUGGAAAACUUGGGCUCUCAGGACAGUAUGGAGGAAAACUUUGAUGUAGAUGAUUUUGUUGAAAUGCUAGAAGCAUACAUUCCUGGCUUUGCUGAAAUCGAAGGGGUAAAAGUAUGUGAGAUGAUAUUUCACUUGGCGUCAAAACUAGCUAGAGCACGAGGAGAAGACAACGGCCUACCAGAGAUGGCGAUAAAGGAAUCAUAUUUAAAUGAAAGUACUGUCUCACCUCAUGGGAUUUCCAUGCACGAAACGCAGGGCCUUUCAACAAUGGAAGAGGGAGCUACAGCUAAGGAGAAUAGUUUUGGAGGAGAUGUCCAGAUGCAGCAACUCCUUGAGAUGUUCCCUAAAUGCAGUGUGACAGAGGCCAUGGGUGCCCUAUCCAUUGCCAAGGGAGAUAUGGAGGAAGCUGUUCGGCUCAUCAUAGAGGGAGAUGUUGAGCUCCGUCAUGACCAUCCUCUUAAAGUGAAACAUUGUAAAGCUGUUUCACCACAAGCUGAUGAUAAGUUGAAGGCAAGCAUUCUUGAAAAAUAUAUGUUAAUAGAUGAUGAGGAAGAUAAGAAAAUUCACAGGCCUGUAACACCCAAAGAAGCUCCCAAAAAACUGGUGCGUUAUCAUGGUGGUCAGGUGGUGACAACCAAAGGGGAAAAAUAUCACCAAGUCAAGAAUGAACAGACAGAGGAAAUGAAGAAAACUUACAUCAGUCUUAAACCAGCACGCAAGUAUAGAUUCCAUUGAUAUCUAGGAGACUAGAUGGUUUUCUGGGUGUCAUUCACAUUUCAGACAAGGUACCAUAGCAAAUUAAAAGUUUUCUUUACUGUGGUGGUGUUUUAUCUUUAAAGACAAACAAAUCAAAAAGGUCAUUAUUGAACAUGUGAGUGCUUUGUUCAUGAGAUGACUAAUCCAUAAUUUCACAUUCCUGUUAAAUUUUAAAAAUUUUAAAUCUCCAAUUUUAAACUUUUAUUCAAGUCUUUGGUGUACCAAAGUUACUGGUUCACUAAUAGCAUUUAUCUGCCAAGGUAAAAAAUAGUAAAUCAUUAAAUCCAGUGGUUUACCAUGGUACCAUCAUGAUUUCAAACCAGAGUAAUUCUGUGUAAUCUUAUAAUAGAAAGCCUAAUGCUAAUCUGGGCCAGAUUUAUUUUUUUCUCCUGUUUUUGUCUAAUUUUUUUUUAUCUUGUUAGGUUGUAUAUUUUAGAUUUACCCGAAUGACCUUUAAGAUGCAUGUUCUUUAUUUUUAUAUACAUGUGUAUUAAGGGUAUGUAUAUAUGCACUGAGACAUUUAAAAAUAAGCGAAAUGUUAUAUAAGAUAUUUAAGAACCAGAGAAAUGUUGUAAAUGUCGAACUACAUCUUUUUAAUGUAUGUUCUCUUGCAAUAACUAGUCUCACAUGGUUCUAGUAGCAUUUUAUUGGUGGUAGAUGUAAUUUGGUUUUGUAUUCUAUUUUUUGUUGAGAAAUUGGAAUAGAUGUGUGUGUGUGUGUGUGUGUGUGUGUGUGUGUGUGUGUGUAUGUAUGUGUGAGAUAUAUAAAAAAAAUUUAGGUAAAGGUCUUUUACCUCAUGAAUAUUAUGUAUGCACAUCAGUGACCGGAAGGUAUUGUUUUUUUAUUAAUGAAUUAAUUUUUUCAUUAUUUGUCAUUUUUAAUUUUUGAAUUAAAAUGGCUUGUUUGCAUAUUGGCAAGCUAAACAUGAAAAUAAAAAAAAUGCGUGAUUACUUGACUUUCAGAAAUUUGGAAAUGUAACCAAGAUUAUAUUAGUGGAGGGAGUGGACAUUUUUGGGUAACUUUUUGUUUUCAAAUUGAAUAGUCAACUUAAAAAGGAUGCUGGGUAUCCUCUGUUAUAAAUAUGGAUUGUGAUUCAGAGACAUUAUAGAAGAAUGGUUUUAGUGGGUAGGACUGUGUGACCUCACCACUAGAUUUGUGGGUUCAGUUACUGAAUUACAUAUGUUUCACCUGUUCUGGGUGGGCUACCUCCAAGCAUCCUCUUGAUACAUCUUUGAUCUUUGGGCUGCGCUGUCCAUCUAUUCAUGUUCCAUACCACUUGCCUAAUAGGCUGGUCUAAAUUAACAAUAGUCGUCAUUUUCAAUUAAUACUUUCCCAUCCACAGCCGGGUUUGUUGUCUUUGUCAUUACUUUUAAUUUAAGAAUUAAUAUCAGCUGAAUGUUUCCGAUGCAAACCGCUUUCCCAUUAAUUUUAUCAUAGCUGUGAAAAGCAAAGAUGGAGCAUGCUUUGUGAGAUUCAUUGAAAUACAAUCUAUUCAUCAAGCAUCAACUAAAUUUAAACAAGGCCUUGUGGUCUUAUUGGUGGAACUCCCACUAUGUCCAUAAUGAAAUGACUACUGACACUAAUCAACCUGUGGGUGGCACUGUUCAUCCAUUCUAAAACCAUACAGCUUAUCUAGUAAAUGCAUGUGGUGAGGCUGUAGACUUUCCCAGACAGUGCAGAGGAACAUCCUGGAUUUAAUAGACCUUAAACAGGCCAUGUACUCGCAUCCAAUGUUCACUUAAUUGCAUGUUUUUGGACAAUGAGAGGAAGCCCAUGUAAACUUGAUCUCCAUACACACAUAACGAGGAAAGUAAUUGAACCCACAACCCUGCUGGGUAAGGCUACAAUUCUAGUAUAAUUUUAAUAUAGUACGUGGGAAACUUUCCAAAUUAAAAUGAACUAACAUGAUUGGCAACAAUAUAAAACUCGCAGCACCUCUAAAGAUGUAAAUGGCUUAGGGCUGUGUGAAAGUAUAAAGGUUUGUAUAACUGUUUAAUGUGAUUUUGAAUUGCUGGAGGUAAGACGGUUAAUGGUUAGACAGGGAUAUAAGCAACAUUCCCUCAUCAGAGACAGAAAACCGGGUAUCGAUGCUGCCUGCCUCCGUGGCAUUCCCUAUUAUACUACAGAACAUUUCUGCAGUUUGUCCUGUUAUAUGUUGUAAUUGCUGUUGAAGUAGCUGGUUCUCUGCAAUAAAGUCAUCUUAUGAGGU